AUGCUCACCUUCUCAAGCUCCCAGCCAACCCGGCAGCCCGCCCGCGGGGUGUGCCGGCCACACGAGACCGGCGAGUCGAAUCUCAACUCUGCGUGUCCAAACUCAUUCAACACAAUAAAGACUGCCAUGGCGGCAGGGCUCGGGAGCAGUCUAUUUCUGUUUCAAGGACUGUCGAGUAUUUCUCCUAUGAUUUUGACGGAAGCUUCGCUGCCGUCACCUACGUUUCCACCUUCAUCGACCUAUCCAGAAGAAGACGGGGGCAGUAUGGGGAAUUCAAAAUCGAAACCAUCUCGAGAAUCAAAGCCGAAUUCACGAUUCUCACGGCUCUCUACCACAGCCCCAGUAACCUCACCCGUUUCGGCAUCCAAACGCACAAAACCGGAGUAUAAACUCAAGGUCAUCUGCUCCAACUGCGCCCGCAAAAACCUGCCUGAGACGGCCUGCCACACAGCGAACGAUAUCAACGCCAACGGGGGGAGCAACCUCGCCUUUCAGGAAGGGAGUUCUUACUAUGAAAACCAAGAGCUGAAGAGUUGGAUGCUGGAGAUUGACUGCUGCGGUUGGACCAGGACGCGGGAGGAGGGGGUUUAUCUCGUGGAGAAGCACAUGAAGAAUGCGCAGGAAAGGGGGAGGCCAAUUAGUGUGGACGAGGUGCUGGUGAAGCUGGAGGAGGGCGGGAUUGCGCAUAGGAGUAAUGUGGCCAAGAGGGUUUAUAAGCCUAGGGGGCAGGAUAACGCUCAGAGGCCGAGGGGUUCGCAGGCGCAGCAGCAGCAGCAGCAGCAGCAGCAACCACGUCCCCAAUCACACCCGCAGGCGCAACAACAACUACAGCAAAGAACGAGACAGGGAUGGAGUCAGCAGAGUUGGCAUCAGGGGGUCGAGUACCAGUAUCCUGGAAGACGAUGA